GAAACUCUUCACAAAAUGUCGUCGCCGUAGGUAUUCACUGGAGAGAACCCGUGUCCCCCGGCUCAGAGACAUUUUCCAACUGAAAUACCUGCCACACCUUCCCACAUUGCAAGACCCUUUCACACUCUCAUUGACCCAAUUAAACCCCUUCUGAGCCUUCUCUCUCCUCUCCUUCAUGAAUGGCACUUGCACUCACAAACUCCUCAAGCAAUCUCUUCACACCACCACCACUCACUUCCCACUCCCACAAAAUGGUUUCACUCUCACUUCCCAGCAAUGUGGAACCAUCUUACAGUCACUCACCAACACCAAAUCCUUCACCAAAGGACAGCAACUCCACGGCCACAUGACCACUUGUGGCGCUCUCCGAGACAACACUUACCUGAACACCAAACUCGCUGCAUUUUACGCGACUUGUGGCCGUAUGGCCGAGGCCCAGUUGAUUUUUGAUGGGAUCGAGUUGAAAAAUUCGUUCUUGUGGAAUUUCAUGAUCAGGGGCUAUGCUUGUAGUGGGCGCUCUUUGAAGUCCAUUGCUUUGUACCGCGAAAUGUUUGGUUUUGGGUGGAAAACGGACAAGUUCACGUACCCGUUUGUUCUUAAGGCCUGUGGUGACUUGUUGCUUGAGAAAAUUGGGAGGAAGGUUCAUGGUGAGGUAUUGGUUAGUGGGUUGGAGUCAGAUAUUUACGUGGGUAAUUCUAUGCUUGCGAUGUACUCAAAGUUUGGGGAUAUGGGGAUGGCGAGGAUGCUGUUUGACAGAAUGCUUGAGAGAGAUUUGACUUCUUGGAACACAAUGAUAUGGGGCUAUGUGAAAAACGAGAACCCAAAAGAGGCUUUAGCGGUAUUUUAUAUGAUGGGAAAAGCUGGAUUGAGUGUGGAUGGGACUACUUUGCUUGGUCUCCUCUCUGCUUGUGCUUGUCUGAUGGCCUUGAAGUCAGGGAAAGCCUUACAUUGUUAUGCUGUUCGAAACAAUGCUGAAUUUUCUAACAAAUUUUUGAGAAAUGCUCUUAUUGAAAUGUAUUCUAGUUGUAACUCUAUAGCUUAUGCAAGGCGACUAUUUGAUGAGGUGAAGUUGAAAGAUGCAGUUUCAUGGAAUUCUAUGAUCUCGGGUUAUGAACAGAGUGGAGAUGCUUUUGAGAGCUUAAGUCUUUUCUGUAAAAUGUUUACAGAAGAGGCAGGGCCUGAUGAAGUGACUAUUGUAACUGUUCUUGGAGCUUGUGGUCGGAUCACAGCCUUACAAUUUGGCACCUCUAUACAUUCAUGUCUAGUUAAGAAAGGAUUUUGUGUGAAUACUAUUGUGGGAACUUCCCUCAUAGACAUGUAUUCUAAAUGCGGAAGCUUGACUUGUUCACAUCGUGUUUUUGAUGAGAUGCCCGAAAAGAAUCUGGUUUCUUGGAGCGCUAUGGUUGCAGGAUAUGGGAUUCAUGGGAAGGGAAGAGAGGCUAUCGCCAUUUUUCAUGCUAUGAUAGCGAAAAACAUUCUUCCCGAUGAGGGUGUUCUUACUUCAGUUUUGUCAGCAUGUAGUCAUGCAGGAUUAAUCAAUGAGGGCAGACAAAUAUUCCGUAGAAUGACCACAGAGUACAAUGUCAAGCCUACGUCUGCUCACUAUUCAUGUUUAGUGGAUCUUCUUGGUAGAGCAGGACACUUAGAUGAAGCGUAUGAGCUUAUCAAAAGUAUGAAGGCUAUUCCUACCAGUGAUAUAUGGGCUGCCCUACUUUCUGCUUGCAGGCUGCACCAAAAUGUCAAUCUAGCAGAAAUUCUGGAACACAAAGUUUUUGAAAUGAACCCCAAAGGAGUCGGUUCCUACAUUUGCCUUUCCAAUAUUUAUGCUGCGGAGAAACGGUGGGAUGAUGUGGAAAGGGUAAGAGGCAUGGUGAGAAGGAAGGGACUGAAAAAAUCACCAGGCUGCAGUUUUGUCGAGGUAGACAAGAUGGUUCAUCAGUUCCUAGUUGGAGAUAGGUCGCAUCAGCAGACAGAGCAUAUAUAUGCCAAGUUAGAGGACAUAAAUCAGCGACUGAAGGAUGCUGGAUACAAGCCCGAUACAAGUUCAGUAUUUUAUGAUGUCGACGAAGAAGUGAAGGAGAAGAUGCUUUGGAAUCACAGUGAAAGACUAGCCAUUGCUUUUGCCCUUAUUAACACAAGUCCAUGGACCAUAAUCAGAAUCACUAAGAAUCUUCGUGUAUGUGGAGAUUGCCACACAGUGACAAAACUAAUCUCUAAGCUCAUGUGCCGAGAGAUUAUCAUGCGAGAUAUCCAUAGGUUUCACCACUUUAAAGAUGGAUUUUGUUCUUGCAGUGAUUAUUGGUGAGUCAUACUUAACCACAUUUUAAUUGUACAUUUGAUGCAGAAAUGGGAAUUCAAUUCUUUUAUUUGAAAAGCAGAUAACCAAAGUUGUUUCAACAU